AGGGCUUUUGGAUUUUGGAUGACGCUCCGCGUCACGUGUUCAUAGGAAAUACACUCGCUAUAAUUUUUUUUUUUGGAGCUCCCUCGUCCUGCACCGCCGACCAUAGUUGAUUUGCCCGUCUUCACACAGUGCCGCCGGAGGAGGUGUGGGAAGGUAACGCGAUGUAAUGUCCAUUGCCGUGGUCACCGACGGGUUCACGCCAGUUCACCGGGUUCACGCGAGGAGAGCUCCGACCCCCUGUCCGCCUCGUCUUCUCUCCAAGCUGCAACGAUCGGAGCUAAUCCAAUAUAAUUCAUUUAUAUAUUAAUGUCGGGUUCCAUUUUUCCCCGCCGACCGCUGAGGUUUCCCAGGAGCCGUUAAACUUGUCCAUGUGACAGGAGUCCCGACGUGGAAGAAGGCAUGAAGCAACACUGUGAUGUCAUAGUGGCUGGUCCAUGACACUAAACUCCAUUCAACCCUCUCCACUAUCCACCCGCCCUCCGUUCUCAUCACCCCGGACCGAGCGCUCGCUGCAUCAUUUACACACAGCUGCACCAUGGCCAGCAAAAGGAAAUCCACUGUGCCCUGCAUGAUACCAUCCAAGUCCAAACAUGUGCGUGAGGAAAUCAUACUGGGCUCGCUGCCAGAGCUCCUACCGACCAUCCCAGAGGACAGCAUACUCAGCAUCUCCGGAGAGGAGUCCGGCCAUUUCUCGCACGGCUCCUCCAAAUGCGAAGGCGGCAGCGAGACGCAGAAAGGAGGAACGUACAGCUGCCUGACCUGCCGCUUCGAGUCCAGAGAUCUCAACUACUUUCUGGAUCACAUGCACAACAGCCACUUAGACUUCAGGGCCCAGCCCACCUUCUACUGCCUGAACUGUGGGGUGUCGGUCGUCCGCUUCGAGGCUCUGGCGCUGCACAAUGCCAACACCCACCCCAAGAUAAUGGAGGGUCUGGUUACCGCCUCUCUGAGCGUCAACCGGCGAGACGGAGUGACGACCGUGGAGCAAAGCCUCUUUGCGGACGGCGGAGAAGACUGCCGAGAAUCCGGGAUCUCCCUCACUAAAACACCUAUCGCAAAGAUGAUGAAAGCCAAGGGGGAGCACAAAAAGAUAGUGGUUUCUCACACUGUGGAGGUACGGAAGAUAGACAAUGGAAAGGACGUGUACCCCAACAUGCUGACUAAUGUGCCUGAACUCCUAAACGGGGCUCUCAGCGUUUCUGGCGCCCCAGCUAUGCCGAGGACGGCGGUCACUCACGUGAUCACGUCCAACCAAGUCUUUCACCAGCACACUCCUUCCCUUUUCUCCCCCAACUCUUCGGACUCCAACAAAGAUCUUCCAAAAGUGAUGAUCCCUCUCAGCAGCAUCCCCACCUACGAUGCCGCCAUGGACACCAGCAGCUUUCUUAAGACAUCCUUUGGCAAGUUCCCCUACCCGACCAAAGCCGAGCUCUGCUACCUGACGGUAGUUUCCGAGUUCCCCGAAGAGCAGAUCAAACUCUGGUUUACCGCCCAAAGGCUGAAGCAGGGCAUUAGCUGGUCUCCGGAAGAGAUCGAAGAGGCCAGGAGGAAAAUGUUCAACACCGUUUUUCAGGGUGGAGAACCCCAAAAGCAACCCACGACACCACGGCAAGUCAACCACAUCGUCACCCACCACACCAUCAACGCUCACCCGGGCUCCAAAGGACCAAACUUUCAAAUGGCCAAAGUUCCGUAUGGCAGUAUGAAACCGAGGCCUGUUGGGGCAAUAGCCACGCAGGCCAGCAUGUCCACCAAUCCCCACGUCACCAGGGUCUCGUACUCGACUCCGAUCGGCCCCCCAAAGUUCCCGUCUGCUGCCAGGACGACACCGGUACCGGCGAAGAUCGCCGAAUCCACUGUGGAGCCGGACAAGAGCAACGGCAACGGCAACGGCCUGGACGCGGCGGCGGGCGGCGGCUGCGUCGGUAGCAGCAGCAGCAGCGGCCGCAGCUGCAGUAGCAGCAGCAGCUGCAGUAGCAGCAGCAGCAUUAGCAGCUAUUCCGCCAGCAGCAACAGCUUCGAGGCACCCCACCGGAAGCCGGCGCCCAACGGCAGUCCGGUCCACAGCGCCGCCGCUGGCCCCGCCGACAUCAGCAAUAACGACGGGCACCGCGAGGUCGACCCCGACCGCCAGGCCGACGACGGAAGCAACAGUUUACCAACCGGAUUGGAGGGAUCGGAGGGUUCGGAGGGUAUGGCAAGUCGGGCGGUCGGCGAAUGCCCAAGCACCAGCAAAUCAGCAAUCACCUGGAACGAUCACGACAGCGACAGCCCAACGGAGCCCAGCCAGGCCGAGAGGCCCGACCCCAGCGACGGCAGUAUUAGCGGCCAGCAGCCCGGUAACGACAGCGUUCCCAACCAGAAUCAUGCCAGCAACCCCUCCCCUGAAAGCACCAGCACCACCGUCAUCGCUAAAGGCAGCUCGUCCGUCAAGGAGGAGGGCAAAUGCAGUAAAGACUAUCCCAUCAAAGGCAUGUCCAUCCUACAGCAGCUCAUCAAAGAGGAGGACCCCUUUGUCGGGGACGGGGGCUGCCCGGAGCUCAAGCUGGACCCCAUAAAGAUCAACUUCAAGAGGCUGAAGAUGAGCGAGCCCGAGACGGCCUCCGAUACCCCGCGUCCGGAACACAAGCCCGAGGUGGACCAUCCCCCCUCCUUCUCACCCCCCUGGGGCGCCAAAACCCCCCAGCAGCUGCACGUCCUCCGGCAGGCCUUCUCCAGCGCCCGCUGGCCCAGCAGCCAGCAGUACGAGGAGCUGAGCGUCCAGACGGGCCUGCCCAAGCCCGAGGUGGUGCGCUGGUUCAGCGACAGCCGCUACAGCCACAAGAACGGCCAGCUGAAGUGGUUAGAGACUUACCGGCGGGCGCCAGAAGAGCCCGGGGCCGGCGGGGACCCGGAGGCCGAUCCGCCGAGAGAGCCGUCUAAGAAACCCGCCGAGCCGGACGCCGAUGAGUCCAGCACGGGUCAGCAGCGGGCGGCGUGGCAGGAUCCAUACCCUCCGCUGCUGGCUCUGGCCGAGUCGAAGGCCGGCGGCAACGGCGGCGCCGGGGGCAACGGCGAGUGCCGGCGCGCCGAGGAGCCCGUGCAGCUGGGAGUCCUGCACCACCCCUGGUCAGAGAGAGCAGAGUGCCAGCAGCCGGACGCAAGCCCGACGCUCAUGGAGACGCAGGCCGACGCCAAUCAGGCCAGGGAUCGCUUGAGGAUGGAGCUGCUGGAGGUGUGAUGAAGCAGGCCCGCUCUCGUCAGAGGAACGUGAUGUUUUAAAAAAAGAAAAAUACAAAAAAAAAGGCUGGCUCACCCUGCUGGCCAUCCUUAAACAAAAAAAAAAAAAAGUGUGUUCAUAAUGACAGCAGAUGUGAUUGUAGCUGGACCGCUGGACUCUGACUGUAACUGUGAAUACCCCCCACCCCCUCUUCUUCUUCCAUCUGUCAUCACUUCCUGCCAUCGUCAAAAGAAAGAACUUCUCACCUUUGAGUCCUGUGAUGUUUAAGCCUUUCAUGCUUCUUUGUGGUCGUGUGGGGAGGGUGCACAUCGAGGUCAGUACGAGGGAUCAAAGAAAAGACAGAAAAGACGCACACUGACUGGAAAACUGACUUGAAUGAGCGAAGAUAGGGUAGGACAGGGCCGGGAGAUUUUGUUUUUGGGCCGUAGGGAGACAUACAUAUAUAUAUAUAUAUAAAAAUAUAUAUAUAAAUGAUUGAAACUGCACUAUAAAAGAUGGUUUGUGCCGACUGGACAAACAAAAAGAUGUGUCGAGGAAAUGUUGUUGGCUUUGUGAUAUUUUUUACUUUUUUUUUUUUUUUUUAGCAACCAGUACUUCAGCACUGCCUUGAAUUUGACUUUUUUCCGUUAUUUGGUUUUUCAAUCUAUCUACUCUUCUGUAUUCACUGUAAGUCCAGAUGCAAUCAAACACGUUUUAUUUAGAUGUGUAUUGAUGUUGGUGAUCACUUUUGCAGUUCAGCUACACGCAAGAGACUAUAUACAAUGCACUAAUGAAGACAGCAAUGCUAAAAAUCACCCCUGCUUCACAGUACAAGUAUUGACCGCUCCGUCAGGAUCAAUACACUACACUGCCCUGCAAACAGAACAGAGAGAAGCCUGUCACGCUAACGUUGCCUUACUCAGCUCUGUCCGUGUGUUUCUAUGACCCAUCUGUCCGUCACCUCGCUUUCCAGCUACUGUGUGAAAGUAUCGAGAAAAAAAAAGAUAAUAAUAAUAAUACAUGCCAGUGCAUUGAUGGUCACUGUUGGUCUAUAUCUGUGAAACAAAACAAAAAAAAAAAAUCUUGUGCUGCUUUCUGUACACUUGGAGAUGUUUAACUUUAAGCUGUAAUUGUAUCAAAUAUAGUUAUUGGCAAAAAAUGUUAAGAGCGAAAUUAUCAAUUUGAUCCCUAGACACUGACAGAGUGAGAUGUUGUGCUAGCUAGAGAGCCAAAUGAGGAGACGUUUCCUCUCCUCUGAAUUUUCUUGUGUUUGUAUGAACAUACAGUCACUACAUGAAUCCUACUAAGCUGCAUCUUUGUCAAGCUGCUAAUAGCUAAGAACGGUGCUAUACCAUCCAAAGUGAUAUUGGAGCUCGAUCUCCUACCAGCAGUGUAUGCACUUGUGUCGAAUGUUACAAAUUUAUUUUGGUUUGAGGUAUAUGGAAUCUGGACUUACGGUGUUAAUGAUCACUUAAAAACUUUUAUGAAAUAGUCUGAUCAUAAAGCACUGUUGUAUCAUCCUUUCUACACUUCUGAAUCUUUACAGAAUAAACCGAAUACUCACCGAGC